GACAUUCUUGGGGGGAUUGCAGCAGCACUUAGUAACAAAUUUUAAACUCAUUGUUCUGUCACACCCGCCAGCCCCCCUUCAUGUGACUGGAGGCCGACACAAAGUUUCACUUGUGGGGUGGGGCACACAUCGGCCGGCCAACUUCAUUUGACACUUUUUUGUUAAGGGGGGAGUCAAAGACGUUUUGAGUUGGGAAAAGCGAAAGUUGUUGUGGUCUUCGGUGGACAACAUGGCGGCGUACACGUUACCCGAGGGCUUCGUCGAUUUUGACAUGUUCUUGUUCGGCUCUGCGCUCUUUGUCGGCGGCGUCCUCGGGUUCCUCCUGAACGCCGUCACCGUCGCCUCCUUCCUGGGCGUCCGGGAGCUGAGGACCCCCAGCAACUAUCUGGUCUUCAACUUGGCCCUGGCAGACAUCAGCCUCAACGUGAACGGACUCACUGCCGCCUACGCCAGCUACCUCCGACAUUGGCCUUUUGGCCAGAGCGGAUGCGAGUAUCACGGCUUCCAGGGCAUGAUCGCCGUCCUGGCGUCCAUCAGCUUCAUGGCGGCCAUCGCUUGGGACCGAUACCACCAGUACUGCACCAGACAAAAGCUCUUCUGGAGCACGGCAAUGGUUCUGAGCGGCAUCAUCUGGGUCCUGUCAAUCUUCUGGGCCGCCGUCCCGCUCAUGGGCUGGGGUGUGUACGAUUUUGAACCCAUGGGGACCUGCUGCACACUGGACUACACCAGAGGAGACCGGGACUUUGUCACCUUCAUGCUGACCCUGGUGUUGCUCUACUUGGCCUUCCCGGCGUUCACCAUGCUGUCGUGCUACAGCGGCAUCCACAAACACUUCAAGAAAAUCCAUCAACACCGGUUCAACACUAGUUUGCCGUUGAGGGUGAUGCUAAUGUGCUGGGGCCCUUACGUCCUCAUGUGCAUCUACGCCUGCUUCCAAAACGUCAAGGUCAUAUCUCCAAAGCUACGAAUGGUGCUUCCGGUAGUGGCCAAGACCAACCCCAUCUUCAACGCGCUGCUCUACUCGUUCGGUAACGAGUUCUACCGCGGAGGCGUGUGGUACUUCCUUACCGGGCAGAAGGUGGCCGAGCCGGAUUUGAAGAAGCCCAAGUCCAAAUAGAUGGAAAAGAUGAGCGAUUUAUUGGAACUGUUUGCACACUUUUAAUAAUAUUUCACUGCGGGUACUUUGUUUUUAAAAUAUGAUGAAAACAUGGCUCCAGGCUUCUAUCAAGUUUCAUGAACAAAAAAUAUUUGGGCACAAAUCCAGGAAUUAUUCAGAUCCUCUCUUGCUUUGCUCGAAUUUAAAAGGUACCAUUCCGAUCAUUCUGGUAUGUUUUCUCUUUUGCUAAACCAAAAAUGCUUGGUUACAAAAUAAAUAUUUACCUGCUUUAAAUAUCCCCCAAAAGCAUCCCAACAAAUAAACUUGACGACUUUUCCAACUUUUUCCGAUAUGCACUCGCAGUUAAAAAAUAUAUAUAUAUAUAUAUAAUAACCCAACUCGUUCAACGCUGGUCGGACUAAAAUUCAAAAUUUUAUUUCCAAGAAAAACAAACUUUUCACUUAAGACUGAAUGCAUUUUGGGAACAGUUGGCCAAAGGUCCUUAACGGUGUAUUAAAGUGAGUUUGUUAUGUAAGAACCUGCUAGGAAAACAGAUGGUGACGCUCGACCCCCCCACCCCUUUUCAGUGUCCCAAUACUUUUGUCCUCAUAGAUGACAGUGAGUAAAUCAGUGAAUAUAACAAAUGUGUUCAUUUACUGUACAAAGAGGAAUGGUAAUCCCUAAAUAAGUAGAUAAGGUGGAGUGAUUGACUGUAAUAAUUAAAUCACGACUGCUACAACAUGCAACAGUUUGGCAUUUUUCUUUUUAUAAAUGACGCAUCCCCGAAUGCACUGGCGCUGAUCCGUUCAACAAAUUCGCCCCAUUUAAGCCGCCAGGAAACGCAAGACGGGGCCGUCACGCUGACCUGUGAGGCAGAAAGGGCUGGCGUCGUUGGCGGCACGUCGUGGCGGGGGUAGAGGGGAUAAUGGUUCUGUGGGGCCCAUUUUUGUGGAAUAUUAUUCUCAUAAAAAAUAGUGUCACAUGCACGUUUUCCAAAUGUGCGAGUAAACCGGAGUACCUGGAGAAAUCCCACACAAGCCGGGGGGAAAACGUGCAAAUUCCACACGGGGAAAGCCGGACCCGUGAGGCAGAAGUAGGCCACCGUGUUGCCUUGAAAUCCAGACCAAAAAGCCUCUUAAAGACGAAAAAGAGAUCAUGUUGAAACGCUU